UUAUUGUUGUUAAUUAUCUCAGAGAGAUUGCUAAAAGAGAAUCCUACUAUAGUUUUCGAUAAAGAUGGUGACAGAUGGUGAUGAUGAUCAACGCUCUGAAGAAGAAGAAGAACCCAUCAGAGCUGAGCCUCUUAGGGAAGUUAAGCCUUCGGUCAGAGGAAAAAAGCCGGUCAAAAGAGAGAGAGGGGUUACACCGGAAUGGCUGGAUAAUCUGAUGAUAACAAAAAAGGGUGUGGACGCGAAGCUGGUGAUUGAUAAGAUGAUUCAGACGAGUGAUGUCAACCCAAACCAAGGACGUCUCUUGAUUCCCUUUAACCAGAUAGUGGAGAUGGACUUCUUGAACGAGGCAGAGUUGCACCUCAUAGAUGAACAUCAAAGAGAUAAUAGUAGUAACAAAGGUGUUGCUGUGAUAGUGGUCGCAUCGGAUGGUAGAGGAUGGAAUGCUAAACUAAGGAGAUGGAAUAUGAACUGUCCCAAUUACGCCUUAUGUUCUGGAUGGAACCACGGCGUCCGCGAGAACAACCUCAAGGACAAGGUAGGGCAGAUAUUUCGACUAUGGUCAUUCCACUCCCAAGAUGGGACGAAGCUCUAUCUUGCCUUCUUUCAUAGAGAGUUAUCUCUAUGUGAAGUGGCACUCAGGCGACUUCCUAAAAUUCCAACGAGAAGUAGAACUCCUCGAUUUUGUGUUCCAUCUCCACCAAGAGUUUCCGAGGUUUUCGACCUAAAUAUACCAUUCGUUGAAGAGAUGGAUCCUCUCGAAGCUGAACAAGAGAGGCAUGAUAGGAGGACUCCACUUGAAUCAGUCAUAGAGACGAUGACGACGACGGUGGACCUCGAUCGGCUAGGGCCGUCUGUGGACCAAACUAUACCAUUGGUUGAAGAGAUUGAUCUUCUCGAAGCUGAACAAGUGAGGCAUGAUAUACCAUUGGUUCCAGUGCGCACGGAGAUGGCUUCUCUUGAAGCUGAACAAGAGACCUCACAGGAAUCAGCCAGAGAGACGACGAGGGUGGACCUCGAGCUCCGGCUGUGGUUUCAAUGAGAGAUUCCUUGGAAAGACGGCUAUGCUAUUUAUGUGACUGAACCUUUGUUUAUUCUGGACCCUAGCUCUCUA